AGGAUGCGCCUCCUCGCUAGAAGAAUGUAAACAUUGCUUUGACUUCAAGAAGUCUAAUCGUAAGUGCAUGGGGCCGAGCCAUGGCUACGAUGAAAUCUAUCCGACAGGCGGACCGAAUUGGGCCCUUCUCCUACCUCGUCAGCUCUCCUGCCUUCUGGUCACUUCGUACAAAUUUGACCAGAAGGUGGGGGGCUCUACAUGGCUGUCGGGGUGGGGUCGAGCUCGUUGUGGAGAGCCGGAUUGCUGAGCUUUUCUUGCGCGUCGUUUGUCUUGGUGUAUUGUCAGAUAUGCUGACUUGCUGCGUCUUCCAGAAGUAAAAAUUUGAGGAACAAUGUCCUAUCACUAUGACGCAUACGGCUUCCCCAGGGGACGUAUGAGAGGUGUACCUCACCGAUAUGGUGAUGAUGGCGGUCGACGACGAUACGAGCCGUAUGGGCACUCGUUGUCGUCCAUCGAUGGAUCCUCCCAUUCGGCCUAUUACGCCGCCAAUGGCAUUGGGCCUUCCUCUUCCUCUCGACCAACCCUGCCCUCCCAUGAUAGCCUUUCUCGGGGCGUAGGGAGCCGUGCAGUCCAGCCUAGCCGCAGCGCUGUCUCAAGGAACCAUAAGGACUUCGGCUUCGCCUUCAUUGGAAGAGACAUGGAAGAGAGAGUCAAGCAAAUCGUUAAGGACAGCGAUGCGGCUCUACUGGCACCGAGGGGACCUCCAGCUACCUCUAACUCCCUAUCCAAGGGCAACUCUACACCACUUCCCACCACACCCUCCUCGUCUCGUACUCCUCAUCACGUUCCUGGCUCCUCUUCUGACGACCGAGGCGACACGACGCCGACGUCAACGCAAGCGCAGAGCCGUCCUGUUCUGACACCCACCAUGAUCGUCGACGAAUUCAAACGAGCGGGCCACUUUGAUGCGGUUCGCAAGAAGCUCCUUCAGACCUUCAACGGCAACAGCGCUGGCGCGAAUGGCAGCUCCUAUAAAAAGGAUUUCCUCGACUCCAUCGGAGAUUAUCUCUUGCAACGACUUCGAGAUCUGCCAGAUGAAGCCCGGCAGAAUCUGGCAAAGCGAGAGGCCAGACUGCAGCAUUCGGAAGUGACGCGGUGGAUCGAUGAGGAUGCCAGAGGUGCAAGGGUGAUGGGUGAUGCCGUCGAGGAACUAAGAAAGCGCGGAAUGAUUUUCGGUCAUAAGGGCGGAGAAGAGAACGAUGGCGAGGUUGGCAGAUUCCUCAAGGAGAAGCUGAGUGAGAUCGUGAGGAGCGAGAGAAGGGCCAAGGGCUGGACCGAGGGUGAGGAAGAGCAGAACGAGCACGAGCACGAAAACGAGGAAGAGGAUACUGCUACGGCAGCGGAGAGCAAGGUCAAAGAGGACGGCAUGGAGGAAAACGGCAGAGCCGCAGACGAAGAAGAAAGCAAGGCUUCUGAACUACAGGGAGAGGACAAAAGCGAUGCAAUGCCUGAGAGGACGGGAGAGCAUCCCGGCGCACCGGAAGAUCCAGCAGAUCGGCACAUCAGCGAUAAUAUUUGAGCCCAAAGGUUCGCACUGUCAUCGCCUUCACUUGAUUACAAGGAAGACGCUGCCUUCAUCAACCACAACAUUUUAAUGGUAUACGACCUUAACACAUUGUACUGUACUGUACUUCUACCUGACUGCAUCACAAUCAAUGCGCGUCCUCAUCAC